CCAGAUAUAGAAGAAAAUAGCCAAAAAAGGGCAUAAUAAGAAAUACAGCACAAUAUGCUUUCUUCCCACUGGAGAAACCCCAUUUCAAAUAACAAGAGCAACCCUGUUUUGGUUCAGCUGAAAGCAAGUUUUGGUGCAAUCAGAGGUGGUCCAGUGUCAUCUUUUGCAGAACAUGCUAAAUUGUUGCAUCGCAUUGGUUUUCACAGGGGCUGAGCUCUUCACUCCCCAUUGUGUAGACAUGCAACACUUUGUUUUUUCAGUUGAUCAUCUUUGCUCUUGUGUCAAACCUCAUACCAACAGAUCAAAUAUCAACAAACGUAAAGCACACAGUGUAAAAAACAAGGUGUGAGACCUGUUUCCUGAGGACCACUCAGUGCAUUCAAUGGGGUGUGGAGAGGCCAUCACACUGCACAGCUGAAAAGCUACCUGGCACCAUAGUCAAGUGGGUUUGUACAUCUUGCUGAAUGGUGUUCUCAGGCAGUUGCACAGAAUUCCCUUGUUUUCUGAUUUUUGCUCUUCAUUUCACCUGUGGUGAACAGUGCAAGGCAAGAAGUGACAGAAAAGCUCACACUACCAGGAGACCCAAAGUGUCUCACCCUGUACAGCUUCUGUGGCUUGAACACUAUCACUAAAGGCUUCUUUUAUUUAAGCUUGGGAAGCUCUGCAAAGGUGGCAUGCUGCUGGACUCUGUCAGUUACUUCUCCACUUGCUCAAAAUGCUGCAGGCAUGUGGUGUUUCCCUGGGCUCCUGGUGGCCCAUGCAAAGGGCAGUGAUGGCCCCUCUGCUGUCUGGGCUUGCAGGAGACCUGCCUGCAUGAGACCAUUCUUGUGCCUUGUGCAGGGGUGUGCCAAAGGGCUUGGAGCUGUGGGAAAUCCUGGUGCCUCAGCCACCCAUGAUGGGGUUGAGGGCUCAGAGGUGCAGUGCUUUGUGGGGAGGAGAGCAAGAAUGGUGGAGAAAAUGAGGAUGGUGUUUCCCUGCCCAAGCUGAUGAUGAUCUUUCUCUCAGCAGAGGACUUGUUUCUACAGCCAUUGCAGAUGACUUCUUUCAGCUGAAGUCUGACGUCAGACCCUGUGGUGUCUUGAUGCAAUGAAAGAUUUCAGGCUCUGGAGAUCAAAGGGAGUGCUGACAAGCUUGUGUUGCUCCAUGAAGGCAGAGGUAAGCUUCAGGUCUGAAUUUAAAACACCACUGAAACUAAACUGGAAAGACAACGCUGAGGACUGGUGGGUUUCCCCAUGUCAGAAUUUCCCAUAGUGCCUCUGGUGCUCUGAGUGUGGAUGAUGUCUUCUUGUAUUAAUUUUUAUUGUAGGCAGUAAUUUGUGAAUAAUUUCCUAGGUAAAACAAAGGUUGAACUUUUGAAGCAAAUGUACUCGACAUGACCUUUAUAUCUCUUAGUCACUGUCAGGCUUCACUGAGUGCCCUGCACCUUGACAUUCAGUAAAGCAAUAAAGAAACAAAAUGUACUAAUGUAACCUUUAUAAAAAUAUUUAGAAUGAUAGUUUAAUCUCCCACUAUGGUGUUAAAAUAAGCUCAGUAAACUUUGGCAGUAAAUUACAUUCAGAAGAAACUCAGUUUAAAUGACAUUAUGGUUACAAUAGCCAGAAAAAUUUGUCCUGAACUGCUUCAAGAAAAAAAAAACAACCCAUGUUUAGCAUGGGGCUGUUGACCUUUCCAGUUUUGGGAUAAUAAUUGGACAGCUAUUCAAUUUUUGGUAGCUAAUCUGGAACCUUAGGUUCUUUCUUCUCUCAUAUCUUGCCCAAGGAAUCAAGAAGAUGGACAUCUCUCAGCAGCCAGAGCAGAUGAGUAUUACAUAUUUGAGCCACAGCACUGUGUUUAAUUUCACUUUUAUAAAAGAUCAGAACCAAAAUGUAUUAAAAAACUGUUAGAGGGGAAGAUGAAGAAAUGAAACGAAAGAGUGGUUUAAGAUAGCUUAUAAAGUUGUUUGAUAGCAAAAAUAGUUUCUUGGUCUUCAUAUAAAGAGAUGUGGUUUGCUGGGGCAUUAUUACAGAUCAGGUUGUAAAACCAGGCUGAGGUUGUGGCUCUGGAAUACCUACUCCAAACUGAAAAUGCCAUAGGUUUGUAUAUACAAAUGCACAGUAGAAAUGAGUGCUGUGUGAUGACUGAAAUCUGCAUAUGAGAUACAGGUUAUUUAGAAAUGUAUAUACAAGACUAUGUAUUGCAGCUUACAUGGAGGGAUCUUAAAUUAUUUCACAAACAUAUAUUUCUCAGCAUUAUUUUACCCAAAGUGGGUUCCUUCUUUAGUUUGUGGUGAUACAGCAGUCUUCAUCCAUUGACCUGGAUGCAGUUUUCAUCUCUGUUUUCUCUAACUGAACAAAACAUAUUUGGUCAGGUGAGGGAAAUACCCCCAGCAUUGGCUUGGCUGGUUGUUUUAAUCCAUGAGAGGUAUUGACAUUCUACUUGUUCUCUCGCAAAAUAAAAUCCUUCUCCCAUAGAGCCAGCCUUUGAUUGCCUGUAGUGCUUAGAUAGAGCUUGGAGAGGGACCAUAAAAGUACUUUGAUAAAUAGGCAGAACUAAAGAAAACAACGGUGCCUCAGCUCUUCUCAACCUCUCCUGCAUCUAUGCCUGCUAAGCCCAACUGCAGUAUAUCAAGGUGGAAGGGGACAUGUUGCCUGUCAUGGGGGAAGUGCCAGGGAAGCUAAAUACAGUGAGAAAAUACAGUAAUACCACCAUCUCAGCUAGACCAGGAGCUAUUACUGGAGGACUGACUUUAUUUCUUUUAGCUGUCUGGAGGUUUCUGUUUCUGUGAAGCUGAGGAGAACACAGUGAAGGUGUGGGAGGUAAUGUUCUGUGAGAGGAAGAGAGAGGAAAAGCAGAGUUUGUGCUAACAAGGAGAAGCUGAAGGGCCAGAAAAAAAUCUUGCCUCUGGGCAGUAAAAAGGUGGAUGCACAUUAUAUACUAGUGGGUACUAUUUUCUGGAGAAAUGUUGAUACCUACUAGCAAGUGAUCUGGUUUGUAGUACUAAAGUCUCAUGUUGCUCCUCAUGCUGCUCUAGGCUUAGGCAAUUUCAUGUUUUCUCUAUAAAGAAAUAAUCUUCUGAAUGAGUUUUACUGUAUAAAUUUCAGUGAAUGUAAUUUAAAAAGGAUUCAGUAAGACAGCUCUUUACUCCUUGUAGGAAACUGAGAAGUAAGAAGUCAAAAAUUAGUGAUCUGGUUUCAUGUUAUUAGAUUUCCCCUGAUCAAGGCAGCAGUGAAUAUACUGUAUUAAUAGAGCACCAACUAUGUAGAACAAAUGGAUUAUGAUGUCUUUUUUUAUGAUGGUACUAUAAAUACUUUGCCCCUACAUACCUUUGCCAUUGGAAGUGAAGAAUGACAUUUAAAGAAAGCACAUAAUCUUAUCUCCAUAAAUGUUCCUUUCACCUUCUUGUAACUAAUUAGGAACAUGGAGACUUCUGUUAAGCAUCAGACCUUUCUUCCUGAAGAUUAAGGUAGAUGAGUGUGUUACAGAUGCUGAAUCAGAAGGGGUUUCAUGCCUAUGAUUUAUUACUACUACUUUGACCUUAGUCAAAUUGGGGGCAUUUAUACCCUCUUACAAAAGACAUGACUUGUGUGAAGGGGCACAGCUGACAAGAAAGGAGUGGGCUAAAAAUGUGAUACUUCAUGAAAUUAUUUGACCUCAAAUGCCUGGAAGUUAAGAGGAACAUUUCCACUGUCUUGUAAUCUGGACAUGGCUCAGCCAAGGGGAAAGCAUACAUUUUGUGGGUUUUCUUUUCUUUUCCUUCUGUUGAAUGAAACAUGCUAUCUAGAAUGAUCUCAUUUCUUGUACUUUAAUUUGCUUCUCCCUUUUUCACUCAGUAAUUUCUCAGUUGAUGUUCAGUUAUCACAAAGAAGCUAAGUUUACAUGUCUGAAAUUUUUGUAAAGACUGAGGAGAUCUUUGAAAAGUUAUGAGAAAGAAUUAUGAUGCCCUGAAGUCUGCCAGGAUUAUCCUACUGUCUCUAAGAACUAAUGAGUGAAAAUAUUGCGGGAAGAACAGUAAAGCAAAAGUUUGAACAACACAAAAAGGCAAAUUUAUGAUUGGAAUCUGAAAAUGCUAAAAACUCAAGCUGGAAACAGGAAUGUGCACACAGCACAUUUUUAUUUUACCAUGAGCAAUGUUUGAUUUCAGAUGAAGCAGUUUGUGCAUCACCACAAAUUGAUGGUGUAUGAUGAUAAGUGCUGUCUUACCUUGUGCAGAGGCUUCAGAGGUGUGAACACAUCCUGUUUACAUCUGCCACUCAGAUGGAGAUGCUGAGGGGAGCACACAGCUGAGGGAGCAGUAAGAGGCAACGCCACGCAUGGGAAGAGUCACUCGCAGUGUGUGACGGCCACAGCAUGGAUGCGCUGCCCAUCUACCAUGGUGGCAUCACCCGUGAGGCUGGGGAAAAGCUGCUGCUGGCAGCGGGUACUGAUGGCAGCUACCUGCUGCGGGACAGCGAGAGCAUCCCAGGAGUUUACUGCCUCUGUGUGCUGCAUCAAGGUUAUGUUUAUACCUACAGACUGUCCAAGACAGAAACUGGGUCCUGGUGUGCUGAGACAGCACCCGGCGUCCACCAGAGGCACUUUCGGAAAGUGCAUAACCUCAUUUCGGCCUUCCAGAAACCUGACCAAGGCAUCAUAACGCCUCUGCAGCACCCUGUCGUCAACCACGUGAAAGCCAAAUACCUUCCUGGUACUCAUGGGGCGAAGGGAGAUUUGGCCUUGGCUGAGCAGAGCCCUACAUGGCGGUGGGGAUGGAGGUCUUAGAUUUUGCAUCUUUGACCUGGGCUAGCCAGCAUUGACAGAAAUAUGUCAUAACUUUGCUACCACGUGAUUGAAGUGCUGGCACCCAGGUGCUCAUUAGGGAUAGGGUCUGUCAGUGCAAUGAGAAAAUGGAUUUUGAAUAUGUA